AUGAAAAAUUGCCUGAUACCACCCCGUAACACCCUCACAGGCCCGACCCUGUCGACCAUGGCGUUUAACCGUCCGACUAGAUCCCUCCCAGCCUCUAAUUUUAUCCGUCGCCACGCCGCCUACAACAAGAAUCUCCAUGGCACAUUAUACUUUUUCGCUGAUAGACUUGCUUUGCGCCUCGUCAUCGCACAAUUCACCCCUCUCCCCCUCCGUUACAACCUCAGGUGA